CGCAUAUAUAAACCAAUCUCCAUCGAAGACUAGAGGAGCUAAUAUGAGUCUGUGAAAUUUUUUUUUGAAGAAAAGGUGUAAAAGAUGCAGGGACUGACCCUUUCAAAAACACCACUAACUUCAAGUGGUAGCAGCACCAAACCUCCAUUACUGCCUUUGGUGGAUUCAUUACCAUGUUUUGCUGGCAUUUCUAGAAAACCCAUUUCAACUUCGUUAAGACGCAGAGAGAUCUCAAAGUUGAAUUCCAGAUCCGGCACAUUCAGAGCACAAGCAUCCAAUGUUGGUAUAGGAUCUGGGGGCUAUGAAGGCAAGGAGGAACUAGACAACCAGAAAAGUUUUGUCAAUGGUCCACCUGGUGAUAACUUACCUGAAAUUGUAAAAGCACCCAGCAAAAUUCCUUAUCCUCUAUCUAUAGCUAUUGUGCUACUUGGAUGUACUUUGGUAUUUUCACUUAUUGCUUUCGUGAGAGGUGGGCCUUCAUCAAUUUUAGCAGCAAUCGCCAAGUCAGGAUUGACUGCUGCAUUCACAUUAAUAUUUGUUUCUGAAAUAGGGGACAAGACAUUUUUUAUUGCUGCACUCUUGGCCAUGCAAUAUGAGAAAGGAUUGGUUCUUCUGGGAUCAAUGGGUGCUCUUUCACUUAUGACAAUCUUGUCAGUGGUAAUUGGACGAAUAUUUAAUUCAGUGCCUGCUCAGUUCCAAACAACCCUGCCAAUUGGAGAAUAUGCAGCAGUAACUCUUCUCAUGUUCUUUGGGCUAAAAUCAAUAAAAGAUGCGUGGGAUCUUCCAUCAAAGGACGCUAAGACUGGUGACAAAAGUUGUCCUGAACUUGAUGAAUAUGCUGAAGCUGAGGAGCUUGUGAAAGAAAAGGUCUCAAAACCGCUCACCAAUCCAUUUGAGAUUGUGUGGAAGUCAUUCAGCCUUGUCUUCUUUGCUCUUCACCAAAUUGUAAUUGCUUCUAGGAAUGGGGAGAUCGCUCAAUGCUUGCAACAAUUGCUCUUGGUGCUGCGCAGUCUCCAUGGGGUGUGGCAACUGGAGCCAUUGCUGGGCACCUGGUUGCAACAUCCAUUGCCAUUCUAGGCGGAGCCUUUCUUGCAAACUACAUUUCAGAAAAGCUGGUUGGCUACUUGGGUGGAGUGCUGUUUCUUGUUUUUGCUGUUGCCACUUUUUUUGGCUUCUUCUAAUGAGUUGGGAAUCAAGAGAAAUAGUUUUCGGGCAGCCAUAAUGGAGCACAGUUGCCUGCGGAUGUUGGACAGCAUUAGUUAUUAGAAAAAAGAUAGUUAAUGAAGAAGAGCAAAUUAUGUGCCAUGCAGCUCCAUGAGAUAGUCAUAUCCAUACCAAGACCCCAUCCUAGGUCAGGUGCAAGUUAUGUUGUGCGAUAAUUGAGACAUUUGGAAGACAAUUAUAUUAGAGAAUUCAGUUGAGACUUGGAAAUUCUGUAUAUUUUUUUCAGGAUGCAGAGUUACAUCCUUUGUUAUGAGUAAGAAAUUGACACUUCCACCAUUA